AUGGGCGACACCGACAGCUUCAAAGGUUUCGAAAGCAAUUCCACGUUUCUGAAAACGAUUGGCCAACCACAAGCACCAUUGCUACCGCGUGUUCAGGCAGAGGGGCCGACCUUCGUCGACACACAAGCGUGUAUUUGUUCAUUACGCACCACUCCCGGACAAGAUGGGGCCGCUGGCUGGCGAUGUCUCGGCAACCGAACCGAGGAGAUGUACCUGACAAAUGACGGCAAAUGGUUCAACGCACAAAAUGAUGCGGCAACGCUUGACGGCCCGAUACACGAUGCGACAAAUCCACCCGACACAACAAAGGCUCUCAAGUGGGCUGAUAACAAGUCUGAAUUGGUGCCCAUCACAGGUAACAAUGACUUGCCAGUCUACGACCAAACCUGCUCAGGCACGAAUCACACAACCUUCUCCACAUCCUACUAUAGAGCAGCAGCUCAGCUUGAGCGAGACGAAGCACCUGUGGAUGGCGCUCCUUGUUUCAGGCCUGGUGCCGUACCCGUGCAAAUACAGACCAUCGACGAGUGGCAGGAGCAUGGCUGUGCUGAAGGUUUUCUCUGUGAGUAUUGCUGCGGGCUCGAUCAUAUUUGUGGGUAUGCUGAUCCCCUCAAAGGCCAGAAUAACACCGUCAACUCUCUUCCGCAAUACUGCACGCCAUUGACGAUCUGCCAACAAGCCCGUCUGGCUGGCAAGGCUUGCGAGUUUGAGGGCCGUAAUAUUGGCAUGGGUGUUUUCGAGCCCAUAAUCUGCCAAGGGGGCUACUAUUGCCCGCCAGCGCAGAGGACGACCAUCAAAUGUCCCUCUGGUUCAUAUUGCCAGCCCGGCGCACCAUCGCCAACCCCUUGCAGCACCGGCAGCUACUGUCCCAAGGGCGCUACGAGCGAAGCUGUUGUGAUCCCAGUGGGCAUUGUUGUCAUUGUUGAUCUUUUCAUUGGCGCCAUGUUGCUGUGGGUUGUCCUACGGCAGCGAAGGAAGAAUGGAAAGAGGAUGAAUUUUCCAGGAAUCCCAUUCAUAGCCAAGUCUGCAUCCAGAAAAGGUAUUCAGGCUGCAGUCACAGGUUACAAGCAGCUUGACGACGAGACAGACCAGGAGAUGCAACCUAUGCAGUUCACGUAUCUGCCAUACAGGCCCGGGACUGGCUUUCAGGCUGUCCUCGAUGUACCCGUGGCGCGCGCCCCGACAGUCAAGUUGCGCCGAGCGAACACACUGGCCGCGUUGAAUCCGCAGCUCAAGGCCUUUGUCGACUCCAUGUCAAGAGCCACGGAUGUACAAGCCGACAACCUCGGUCUAUCCUUCGCAUACAAUGGGCUCACAUUUCAACCGAAAGGCCGACCCACGCCCAUUCUACAGAAUGUCACUGGCCGCAUUGAUAAGGGUUCUCUCGUCGCCGUCAUGGGCGGCUCUGGCGCCGGAAAGUCGACCUUUGUCAACGUGCUCAUGGGUAAGACGAAGAACACUGGGGGUACUGUCACUGUCAACAACAUUCCGGGAAAGAUUGAGCAGUACAAGAAAAUCAUAGGCUACGUGCCUCAAGAUGACGUUGUCCUACCCGAGCUGACAGUCAGGGAGAAUAUCCUGCACUCGGCCCGCAUCCGUCUGCCCAGAUCCUGGUCCGACAAGGACGUCUCAGCCCAUGUCGACUCUUAUCGUCUCAAGCCCGCACUAUUCUUUGAAAUUGGCUUGAGCGUUCUUUCAGGGUUUCUCAUUGGUUUAUCCCAAGAUGGAAAAAAGGGUGUGCUCUUCCGAGGCUAUUACAGGGCGCCUUAUGAGGACCUUAGCCUGUCCGCAGACUUUGCCUCACCAGCCCAGCUGGCUCUGCUCCAGGCCAUCGGCAUCGGUCUCAUAUGUGGCGCGCCGGGGGUGAAGAUAUUUUCAGAAGAGGUGAUUCUACACAGACGAGAGGCUGAAGCAGGCCACUCGCGGCUGGCGUACUUCCUUGCCAAGACGGUCUCUGUAAUGCCUCGGAUGAUCCUUAGCUGCCUUCAUUUCACCACCCUCGUCCACAUCCUUUCGCGACCCAUAAUUAGCUGGACCCUCGCAUACUGCAUGAACCUCUUGUACUUUUACUGCAUCUAUGGUCUUGCAAGUGUCGUCAGCAUGGUGGUCCGACGAGAAGACGCCCCCCUCAUCUCGACAAUGGUCAGCUUCAUCGUCGGCCUGCUUUCAGGAGCAUCUCCUGCCCUCUCACAAGUCAAAACAUGGCAUAUGGAGUGGCUUUGGCGGGCAUCACCUGGCACCUGGUUUGCCGAGGUCUACUUUGGCCAGUUGGCUGGGCCUUUCCAAUAUCUGUACGAUACCGACAUGGCGGCCAAGUUCACAGGCUACAACCUCGCAACACUGCAGGUCGGAGCUUUGGUGCUCUUCGCCAUUGGUACAAUUUAUCGCAUUUUAGCUUUUGGUGGGUUGCUGGUUUGCGGCAGGAUGAGGAUUUAG